CCUUCUCUGGCGGCUCUGGAUUUUCUCUCCAAGGCUCUUUCCUCCAAAUCUCAAACCCUAGUUCACUCCUUACUUUUUCCUCUAUCUUCUUGAUUUUUUUUUUCUUUUUUCAGAAUACUCAUAUCGUAUAGGUAUACACAUAUAUUUCUUUAUUUUUUUAAAAACUAUUUUUGGUUGAGGAAAUAAGAGAAAAACGUAGCUGUGCCUGGAUUGAGCUUGCUGGUGAGGGCCGUAAUGGAGGAUUCCGUCGGGCAAAAGCGGAACAACCGUGAGUUUACUUUGGUAUCAGUUGCUGAGCUCUCUUCGCCUGCUUCGUCUGCUUCUCCCGGUAUUGCUCGCUUCACUUCCGACGGUUCCGUGGCACAGCUGCAUAUUCAUCAAGAUUCUCUCCAGAUUGAUAUCGAUGUUGAUCUUGAAACUGCUCGGAUAUUUAAAUUAGGUCCUGUUCAAUCUGUUUGCAUGGUCGAAGGCUCUGUUGUCGAUAACCAGACAUCAUUCUCAAGGGGAAUAACUAUCCAGUUUAGAAAUGAGGAGGAAAGCGGGGCCUUUGAUAGUGUGUUCCAGCAAUGGAAGAAGGAAGCGAAUGCUCAAGAUUCAGGCAGAAGCUUACCAAAUGGAAUUGUACCAAGUUCUAAAAGUAAAUUUGACGAGAAGAUAGAGCAAUCUUCUGCAAAAAUGUAUUUCCAUUACUAUGGGCAGCUUCUGCAUCAGCAAAAUAUGCUGCAGGACUAUGUUAGAACAGGAACCUAUUAUGCUGCAGUUAUUGAGAACCGUGCUGAUUUCAUGGGCCGCGUAGUAGUUGAUGUUGGUGCUGGUAGUGGUAUUUUGUCCUUAUUUGCUGCUCAGGCCGGUGCAAAACAUGUCUAUGCUGUGGAGGCAUCGGAAAUGGCAGAAUAUGCACGGAAACUUAUAGCUGGAAACCCAAUGCUUGGUCAACGAAUUACAGUGAUCAAGGGCAAGGUUGAGGACGUAGAAUUGCCGGAGAAAGCAGAUAUUUUGAUCUCUGAGCCCAUGGGAACCUUGUUGGUGAAUGAAAGGAUGUUGGAGUCGUACGUCAUUGCUAGAGAUAGGUUUCUCAGUCCUGAGGGGAAAAUGUUUCCCACGGUGGGAAGGAUUCACAUGGCACCUUUCACUGAUGAAUAUCUGUUUAUCGAAAUUGCUAACAAGGCCUUGUUUUGGCAGCAACAGAACUAUUACGGUGUUGAUUUGACACCCUUGUAUGGCACUGCAUUUCAAGGAUACUUUUCUCAGCCUGUGGUGGAUGCUUUUGAUCCGAGAUUGUUAAUAGCUCCUCCUAUGUUCCAUGUGAUAGACUUCACAAAAAUAAAGGAAGAAGAACUGUAUGAAAUAGAUAUACCUUUAAGAUUCGUAGCCUCUGUGGGUGCACGAGUACAUGGGCUGGCUUGUUGGUUUGACGUACUGUUUAAUGGAAGUACUGUGCAAAGGUGGCUUACCACUGCCCCGGGGUCACCAACAACCCACUGGUACCAGUUGCGUUGUGUUCUCUCUCAGCCAAUUUAUGUCAUGGCGGGACAAGAAAUUACUGGCAAGCUCCACAUGGUUGCUCACAAUGCCCAGAGCUAUACACUAUAUUUAACACUGUCAGCUAAAAUGUGGGGCCCUGGUGCUGAACAAGGAGGGAUUCUUCAAACCUCAUCGUGCAAACUUGAUUUGAAAGAACCCUACUAUAGAAUGUCUCAACCGCAAGCUUAUACAUUAGCCCAAGACCAGCAACCACCACCACUUCUACAGACACAGGACAUACCGAUUCAAUCACAAGAUUUAGAUGAACCUGAGAUGAUGCAACAACCGUCGCCUAAUUCAUGUGCUCAGGUUAAUUCAUUGAUGCAGAAUAUUUAACCUACCAGGAAUGCUAACAUGGACUUAUUUGUGUUUGUAAGAUGAAUCUGCCUGCCACAAGCAGGUGCAUUCUGUAUCAUUAUUUGGGCGGCCCCUUCCCUUGUAAAUUCAUCUACAUUGUGUGUUGCUAUCUAUUGGGUGGUUUGCGGUGAUGAUCGUUACUCGAUCGGCAAUUUUUUCUGAUGUUCAUGCCUUUCAAAAUAGAGCACGUGUACGAUUACUUGAUAAGCUCGUUGAUCUU